AUGGAGACUUUCCAGUAUAAGCAAAACUGAAGAAAUUUUUGAAGAAGAAAAAAUAGUCUCAACAAAGUCAAAACUAAUUGGAAAACAAAAACAAGUCAAGGUCAGAUCAGGCAGAAAUCAAGGCCAAGAAGUCGCAGCCAUAAACUUGUCAAAUUUAAUCAAAAAAAGAAUUGCUUCUACAAUGAACAAUAUGAGAAUAGCUUCUGAAGCAAAUGAUAA